ACAUUUUCGCGAACUUCUCACUAUUUCUAGGGUUUCCUCUGUUCACUUUCUCCACUCCAAAUUCCCAAAGCCCUCACACCUUCAAUCCCAACAAGAACAAUGGGUCGUAAAAAACCCGUUGCUAUAGACGACGACGAGUACUCGUUCCCUGAAGAUCCCGAUCAAAAACCCCAGGCGGCGGCGCCGGCGGCGGCGUGCGCGGAGUGCAUGAGACCACCAGGCAUGCCGAGAAGAACAAGAAAAGGAGCGACUCGAAGGCGAAAAGGAACGAAGACGACGAUCUCGACGACGCCGCUGACGAUCUCGACGAGGUGCACGACUCUCGUCUUAUCUGGUAAGAAGAAAUCAUCGAAAUCUAAGAAGAAUUCUAUUAGUGCUUUUAGCGCUCUCAAUGCUCUCGAUGAGGAUGAUGUUGAUGGCGAUGAUAGAUCUGAGGUUGUUGAUGAUGGUAAUCAUGUGGAGGAGGAUGGUGAUAAGGAUGAAGAACUUGAGUUUGAUUUUGGCAAGAAGAAGAAGAAAUCGAAGAAGAAGACUGGGGGCGGUAAGUUUGCUCUAACGGCAGAUGAGGAGGAUGAGGAGGAAGAGAAAUCCGAGAUUACUAAUGACAACAGUGUGGAUGAUGAGAAGGACGAGGAAAGCAAGGAUCUUGAUUUUGAUUUCGGGAAGAAGAAGAAGUCGAAGAAGAAGAAAAACGGGAAGGCUGCCGCUCAAGAGGCGGAUGAUUUAGAUAAGCUGCUGGCGGAGCUGGGCGAGGGGGCUCCUGCAGUAGAAGAGGCGCCACCUCCGGCAGCAGUGAAACCAAAGGAAGUUGAGUCCAAGGAAACCGAACUGGAUUCAAAGAACAAGAAGAAGAAGAAGAAGAAGACUGGUAGGACUGCAGAGGAGGAGGAUGACUUGGAUAAGAUCCUCGCGGAGCUCGGUGAAGGGGGCCCGCCAAGUUCAUCGGUCCCUCCACCAGUUGCAGAACUACAGGUUGCUCAACCUGAGCCAGUUGAGGCUGAGGAAAAGGAGGUGGAAGUAGCAGAUGCUGUGGAGUCUGCGGCAGCCAAGAAGAAGAAAAAGAAGAAAGAGAAGGAGAAAGAGAAGAAAGCUGCUGCUAAGAAGGAAGAGGCUGAGGUUAAAGAGGAAGCCCCUGUGAAGGGAAAGGCUGCUGACAAUAAGAAGUUACCGAAGCAUGUGAGGGAGAUGCAGGAGGCACUUGCGAGAAGGAAGGAAGAGGAGGAGAGGAGGAAGAGAGAAGAGGAGGAGAAGUUGAGGAAGGAGGAGGAGGAGAGGCUGAGGAGGGAGGAAGAGGAGAGGCUUGCUGAGGAGGCUAAGAGGAGGAAGAAGGAGAGGGAAAAGGAGAAACUUUUGAAGAAGAAGCAGGAGGGUAAACUUUUGACGGGCAAGCAGAAGGAAGAGCAGAGGAGGUUGGAAGCUAUGAGGAGGCAAUUUUUGGGCCAGAACGAGGUUCCUGUGGGUGAUGCUCUGGUAGAGGUGAAGAAAAGGCCCAAGUACGAGACAAGGAAAUCAAAAGCUAAGGUUGUAGAGGCUGAGAAGCCAAAAGAAAGCCAGCAGGAGGUUGCUGAGCCUGAGGUUGAUAGAGCUGCGGAAGAUUUCAUGACUGAGGAAUCUCAAUCUCAAGCCGAUGAAGUUGAGGAGAUUGAAGCAAAACAAGAGGAGAAAGAAGAAGUUGAAGCUGUAGAAGAGGAUGAAGAUGAAGACGAAUGGGAUGCAAAGAGCUGGGAUGAUGUUGAUGUUACAUUGCCUGCCACAAGUCCAUUUGCCGAGGAGGACAAGGAGGAAGAGGAUGCACAGCCUGUUGUAAAGAAAGGUGCUCCUGCUCCGGUUGAGCGGACAAAGAAUACGGUUGCUUCUCGUCAACCUGCAAAGAAGGGUGAUGUUGAGAACAAUGCAAACGAGCAUGGAGAGGUGAAGAUGAAAAAUGAGGUUGCUAAAAAGAAAGAGGUGAAAACUUCAGAGGAUACAUCAGAAAAGAGCAGUGAGAAUGAACUUCGUUCUCCUAUCUGUUGUAUUCUUGGUCAUGUUGAUACUGGAAAGACCAAGUUGCUCGAUUGCAUUAGGCGCACAAAUGUACAAGAGGGAGAAGCUGGGGGUAUUACUCAACAGAUUGGGGCUACUUACUUCCCAACUGAAAACAUAAGAGAAAGGACCAAGGAAUUGAAGGCAGAUGCGACACUUAAGGUCCCUGGCCUACUUGUUAUUGAUACCCCUGGUCACGAGUCAUUCACUAAUUUAAGAUCUAGAGGUUCAAGCUUAUGUGACAUUGCAGUUUUGGUUGUGGACAUUAUGCAUGGGCUCGAUCCGCAAACAAUAGAGUCCCUUAACAUGCUGAAAAGUCGCAAUACAGAAUUUAUUGUUGCAUUGAAUAAGGUGGAUCGGCUUUAUGGGUGGAAAACAUGUCCAAAUGCACCAAUUAUUAAGGCUAUGAAACAGCAAUCUAAUGAUGUAAAAAAUGAGUUCAAUAUGAGGCUUACGCAAAUUGUAACUCAAUUCAAGGAGCAGGGCCUAAAUACAGCUCUCUACUACAAAAAUAGAGAGAUGGGAGAAACAUUCAACAUUGUUCCAACUAGUGCUAUCAGUGGUGAAGGAAUCCCUGACCUCCUUCUUUUACUAAUACAAUGGACUCAGAAAACGAUGGAAGAGAAACUUACAUACUCUGACGAAGUGGAGUGCACCGUUUUGGAAGUGAAAAUGAUUGAAGGUCUGGGGACAACCAUUGAUGUGGUACUUGUUAAUGGUGUUCUACAUGAAGGAGACCAAAUAGUUGUUUGUGGCAUGCAGGGACCUAUUAUGGCCACUAUUAGAGCUUUGCUUACGCCUCAUCCAAUGAAGGAACUCCGGGUUAAGGGAACAUAUUUGCAUCAUAAAGAGAUUAAAGCUGCACAGGGUGUCAAAAUUUCUGCGCAGGGUCUCGAUCAUGCCAUUGCUGGCACUGCUUUGUAUGUAGUUGGACCGGACGAUGAUCUGGAAGUGGUCAAGGAAGCUGUUAUGCAAGAUAUGCAUAAAGUCAUGAGCCGGAUUGACAAGAGUGGAGAGGGUGUCUAUGUUCAGGCUUCUACCCUUGGUUCCUUGGAAGCACUGACAGAAUUCUUAAAAAGUCCGGCUGUAAGCAUUCCCUUUUGUGAUUUCAGUAUAGGUCCAGUACAUAAGAAGGAUGUUAUGAAGGCUAGCGUUAUGAGAGAAAGAGGGAAGAAAGAAUAUGCAACCAUCUUGGCCUUCGAUGUCAAGAUUGAUGAGGAUGCUCGGAUUCUUGCCAAGGAGUUACAAGUUGAAAUUUUUGAAGCAGAUAUUAUUUACCACCUGUUUGACCAGUUCAAAGCUUACAUUGACAAUGUGAGGGCAGAAAAGAAGAAGGAAAGUGCUGAAGAUGCAGUGUUCCCUUGCGUCCUUAAGAUCAUGCCAAACUGCGUUUUCAACAAAAAAGAUCCAAUUGUUCUGGGUGUGGAUGUUUCUGAAGGCAUUCUCAAGGUGGGAACCCCUAUAUGCAUCCCUUCGCAGGAAUUCAUUGAUAUUGGAAAGAUCGCUUCAAUCGAGAUGAACCACAAGCCUGUUGAAACGGCCACUAAAGGUCAGAAGGUGGCUAUAAAGAUAGUUGGAAGCAAUCCCGAAGAACAACAGAAAAUGUUUGGCCGGCAUUUUGACAUGGGCGAUGAGCUUGUUAGUCACAUCACGAGGAGAUCAAUUGAUGUACUGAAGGCAGAUUAUAGGGACGACUUGUCCAUUGAAGAGUGGAAACUUGUUGUCAAGUUAAAGCAGAUCUUCAAGAUACUGUGAUGCCUUGGCUAUGGGAGAGAUUUGCUGUUGCCGAGAUCUUCUGACUUGUCAAAUCGUAGAUGCUUUUGUUGGGUGAUUAUUAUCCACAAUUUUGAAGCAGCUUGAACAGCCUAAAGAUUUCAAGUGCUGCUCGAGUUUCAGUUUUUCAUCACAAAGCAUUUGUGGCCAGAGCUCUCGGCCUUCCUUUCUCUCCACCCUCUUCCACUGCUCUAAAUACUCGGAGGGGUUAAUUUAUACAAAUUUUGUGAUGUUGAGUGCAAAUACAUUUAGAGGCCCCGCAAUUGUUUUGAGCAAAUUAUAUAUUUUUUCCUUGUUAAUAGUCUUGCUCCAUGCACGUCGGUGCACAAUGUCAAGUUUAUUUGUUUAUGCU